UGCCACUUGUCCUCUUAAUAUGCACACAUGCUCCAGAACCAUAGUCAAACACCUGGAUAAUUACACUCUCUGUGUGAUUGUUACCCUCCAUUCUUCUCAAAGAUCUAAGGAAUGUCAGGACCUCAGUGCUGUGAGAACCCACCAACCCUCAGCUCAAGUUGUGGAGCAGGACAUGUAGAAGAACUUGGAGGCUUCAAGUCCUACGUUACUGGCUCCCCUGAUUCCAAGCUUGCUAUCCUCCUUGUCUCUGAUAUUUUUGGAUAUGAAGCUCCAAAUUUGAGGAAGCUUGCUGACAAAGUUGGAGCUGCUGGAUUCUAUGUGGUGGUUCCUGACUUCUUAUAUGGAGAUCCCUAUGUACUUGAUAAUGCUGAAAGGCCUUUUCCAGUUUGGAUAAAGGAUCACGGAGCGGAUAAAGGAUUUGAAGAAGCAAAACAAGUAAUUUCUGCUCUAAAAAGUAAAGGUGUGUCCAAAAUUGGAGCUGCAGGAUUUUGUUGGGGCGCCAAGGUUGUUGUGGAACUAGCAAAGUGUGACUAUAUCCAAGCUGCAGUGAUGUUACAUCCUUCAUUUGUCACUUUAGAUGAUAUCCAUGGGGUUAAGGUUCCAAUUUCCGUACUGGGAGCUGAAAUUGACCAAAUAUCUCCACCGGAACUCUUGAAACAGUUUGACGAGGCCCUAAAUGUAAAGCCCGAGGUUGAUGGCUUUGUGAAGAUAUUUCCGGGAGUUGCACAUGGCUGGAGCAUGAGGUACAAGGAUGAAGAUGAAGCAGCUGUGAAGUGUGCAGAAGAGGCUCACCGGGAUAUGUUGGAUUGGUUUGUUAAGUAUCUAAAGUAAGAACAUUAUUAGAUUAUAUGAAUACUUUUUUGAUGCGUAAUAACUUGUCUACCGCCACGUGAAUAAUUGGAUAUGUUGGAUGUUACUUCAAUUAUCAUAAGUAACAGUAUGGGUUAAAUUAUGGAACAAUUUGAUGUGUAGUACCUUAUUAGCCAUCACACAAGAGUUUGAUAAUGUGUGGUAAUUCGAAAGUAUAUGAAAUUUCUGUUUGCUUUCAUUAUUUUGAAAGCUUUGAAGACUAGAA